GGCAAACUGUAUUUUUCCCUAAAUUAUAGCUGAGGUUGGGGCAAGUCCUUUCCACCUCCGGUCCCUCUGGACGGCGAGACAGGGAGGCGAUGUCGAGCCGCCGCGGACCGCCGAAGCACCAGAACCGGUACGCAUGGAAGCCCAACGCCGGCCACAAGAAGAAUGAAACGGAAUUGGGAGGAAAAUAUCGUCCCUACUCGGAUAUCACCUGCGUAUGCCCCCGCUGCAAAGACCAGAUCGACUGGAAACGAAGGUACGGCAAGUACAAGCCUCUUGUGGAGCCUGCCAAAUGCCAGAAGUGCGGGAAACGGGCAGUCCGCCAGGCCUACCACAACAUCUGCUCUGCAUGUGCUAAGGAUCUUAAUGUGUGCGCCAAGUGCUGCUGCCGGACCGAUGAGAUCAUCGGAAGAGAUAUCUCGGAGGUGGAGACGGAGCGCAAGUCGCUUGAAGAGGCAAUUAAGAAUGCUCGGGAAAGGGAUCGAAGGACUCUUCUUCGUGCUAUGAACAAAGAGAAAGCUGGUAAAGGAGCACCAAUCCCCAAAAUUGCAGACAGAAGUAGAGAAUGUGAGCUCUUUGCUGCUUCAUCAAUUGAUGAAUAUGCUGAACUUAGCCGGCAGCAUGAUAGUGAUGAGGAAGAGGAUGAAGAUUUUAUUUGUGACUGAGAUUGGGAAACUUUUAUAAAUUCACAAAGUUGCAUUAGAUGCCCUUCUGUGAGUCAUUGGUUAUAUCAGUCACAAUAACCUUUAGUGUUGUUUUAUUUAAUUGUUAUUUUGAUUGCCCAAGGGAAUUUUUGUAGUUCUUUUUUUAAUCAGUGACUUCUAGUUCUAGGGGCAUAUGAGAUCAUAUUUGUGCCCGAGUUGUGUCCGCUUAUAGGUAUCCUAUGGGAACACAAAAAUGCAAUUCAUGGUACGUCGUUGUCUGAUGAGGAAUGCACCGGGCUGUGAAAUCCGUUUCUA